AUGUGGUUUGACAUGCCAAGAAAUUUGACACUUGAGUUUGAAGGUGUUCGCGAAGUGCUAAUUAAAACUACAGGAAGUAACAAAGUACGAUUUACUGUGGUUCUAGAAUAUACAGCUUCUGGUGACAAACUUCUACCAACUGUUAUUAGAGCGAGACCAAAUGGCUUUUUUAAAAAUAAAGGUGCAAUUUUUGUCGACAAUCAUCGUAGCUAUACCCAUGAUGAUGUAGUUAAAGCAUUGAAUUCUGAGGGUUUGGAUGUUUUAGAGAUACUCGGUGGGAUGACUAGUGUUUUGCAGCCACCUGAUGUCUCAGAAAUCAGUAAAGAAGUUUUGAUCAAAUCUUUUGAAUCGACUAGACUCACUCUAAACCCUGAUGGUAGUGAAAACAAUAAAAUAUCAUAUCGUUUACAAGCAAUUGUUAGAGACCGGAUGAAUGAGAUUGAUGAGUUAUCAAGUGAAGAAAGGGAUAAAAAUAUGAUGAAUAUAGAUGU